UUUUCUUUUCUCAAAAUCGUGGUCCAAAACCAAGCAGCAAAAUGUCAGUUGAAGAUAACCAGUUGGAGCCAUGGAUAGACUUAAAGGGCAAAGUGGUGAUGGUGACAGGGGCAUCAUCAGGCAUUGGGUGGGAAUUCUGUUUAGAUUUAGCCAAUUCCGGUUGCCACGUCAUCGCGGCCGCUCGUCGAACCGACCGACUUAAAUCUCUCUGCGAUCAAAUCAACAACAAAAACGGCGACGUUUUGGCUGUGGCAGUUGAGCUUGAUGUUAGUGCUGACGGAGCCGUAAUUGAAAGUUGUGUCAAAAAAGCGUGGGAUGCUUUUGGACGUAUUGAUGCUUUGAUUAAUAAUGCUGGAAUUAGAGGUCCUGUAAGGAAUCCAUUGAAUUUAUCUGAAGAAGAUUGGGAUAGAACUUUUAGAACAAAUGUAACAGGAUCGUGGUUGGUGUCGAAGUAUGUUGGCCAGAAAAUGGUUGCUUCUAAUCAUGGAGGAUCCAUAAUCAAUAUCUCGUCCACCGCUGGUCUUAAUCGUGGUCAUCUACCUGGAGCUCUUGCGUAUGCUACUUCAAAGGCAGCCCUCAACACCAUGACCAAGGUAAUGGCGUUGGAAUUUGGAAGACACAAAAUAAGGGUAAAUUCAAUAUCUCCUGGGAUUUUCAAAUCUGAGAUUACAGAGGAACUUCUGCAAAAGAAAUGGUUUCAAAAUGUGGUUUCAAAGACAAUGCCAUUGAAGGAAUUGGGUACUACUGACCCAGCCUUGACUUCUUUGGUCAGGUACCUAAUUCAUGGCUCUUCAAAUUAUGUGACAGGUAAUAUAUUUGUAGUAGAUUCGGGGUACACCUUACCAGGUGUACCGAUCUAUUCAUCACUUUGAACAUAAGAUAUUAUCUUUUGUAAUGAUGGUAACCGAAGCUACUUACAUAGUGUACUUUUAUAUAUUGAAAUGAUGUGGCACGUUAUACACUUGUACUAA